AUGGUCUUCGAAGGCAAGAUUGUCGUUCCUCUUGGGUGGUGUGAACCCUCAACUAUCGGUCCUUACUACACCCGUCUUGGUUUCGCCGUCAUUCACGACCCAAACAACCUUCCUCCAGAUGUUGUUGAGCCACAACUCCUCCCCUCCAAGCUCUUCCACCCGGUCUUCGCCAACCUCAACCUGGGCUUCUACGCCAGCCAAGCCACCGCUACGACCGGAUGUCCCAGCGUCAUCAACUGGAAUGCCGCGCCCGAACUCACCGACGCCAUCCGUGUCUGGGCCACCAAGAACGAUGUCGCCAAGCAAUGCUCCCCGCUUCCCGCGCAACUACGCGACCUCGCCCGCUCCCUCCACCUCCCCAUGCGCUUCGGCGUCGCCAUCGUGCACGAUUUGUUGCUCCGCGUGUUGCGCUUCGUCUACAACCACAUAUCCGUUCCGGCGCUGCGGGAUCUGGGCAAGACUCGCCCGGGUAUGCUCAAGACCGUCCAUCAGACUGUGGCGAUGUUGAGCCGCGAGGGGGUUUUCGAUCGCCCCUCUGUCGAUGUGACUCUACCGAAGAUUCUGAACGACAACAAAUCCUCGGGUCGCAAGACGAGCAGCGUUGCCAAUUCCGCUGAGGACACGAACACCAACGAGAACACCAACAUCCAUUCCGAGAAUACCAACGUUCAUUCCAGCGGCACCGUUCUCACUCCACCCGCCUCCCCAAUCGCCACCCCCCCAUUGAUCCGCAAUACUACCAAAUCCAACCAUCAACCAUCCUCUAAAGCUCCCGAGCCCACCACUACCACCACCACCACUCCUCGCCCCACAGUCAUCAGCAUAGACGAUAUCCACUCUGUCGUCGCCGCCAUCCUCUCCAAGCACAAAUCCGACAAGUACGACAAGACCAUCAGCGAGCUGUAUAACACGGCCGCCAACCACAACAAGACCCUGCGCGAGUCCGUCACCGUCAUCAAUGACCACGAUGAUCGCAUCACUACGUGCGAGCAGACGGGGAUGAAGAUGGGGAGGAGCUUAGCGGAGUUGAGGGUUGAGACGGCGCCGGAGGAUGGGCGUGACUUGGGGAGGAUGGGAUGA